UCCAGAACCAAGACAGACAGAGAAUGAGAAAUACCAAGAGAAAGAUGCAGAAAUUAAAAUGUCAGGGGAAAGAAGAAAUGCCAGCUUCCUUCUGGAUCUCUUUGUGCCCACAUCCCCACCCCAAGGAGUGAUGUCUCCCAGUUCUUCCUGAUUCUCAAGGAAAGGGACCAGGAGCAGCUGGCUUGCCUUGUGAACAAUGACUUGGGAUCUUUCUGUCCUGUCUCCUGCAGUGGGUACCAACAAAGAGUUCUGCUGCCUCGUCUAUACUUCCCGGCAGAUUCCACAAAAGUUUAUAGUUGACUAUUCUGAAACCAGCCCCCAGUGCACCAAACCAGGUGUCAUCCUCCUCACCAAGAGAAGAUGGCAGAUCUGUGCUGACCCCAAUAAAAAGUGGGUCCAGAAAUACAUCAGUGACCUGAAGCUGAUUGCCUGA